GAUAUACCUAGUUAUGAUGAAGUGAGCAAAAAUAUUGAAAUGCUGUUUUUGAAUAUACAUCCCGUUUGGGGUCACAACCAACCUUUACCGCCAAAUGUUAUUUCAGUUUGGGGAAUUCAUAAAAUACCAGAGAAGCCUCUUCCUAAUGACCUAGGACAUUAUUUGAAUUCGUCCGAAAAUGGCGUGAUAUACGUCAGUUUUGGAAGUAACGUUCUUUCUGCUUUCUUUCCACCAACAGCACUUAAAACUUUAAUGGAAGUAUUUUCUAAAUUGCCUUAUGAUGUUCUUAUGAAGUGGGAUGACAAAAAUCUUCGAGUGAUCAGUAAUAAUAUCAAAUUAUCUACAUGGCUUCCACAAUCAGAUCUAUUAAAACAUUCGAAGAUAAAACUAUUCAUCACACAAGGAGGUUUACAAUCAACAGAUGAAGCCAUCACUGCUGGUGUUCCUCUUAUUGGUAUACCGCUGUUUGCAGAUCAAUGGUAUAAUGUAGAGCAAUACGAGAACCAUAAAAUAGGAGUAAGACUUGACAUAGAUAAUUUAACCGAAGAUAAUCUCCUCAAAGCAAUAACAACUGUUAUUGAUGAUAAAAGCUACAAGGAUAAUAUUAUGAGACUUCGUUCUAUUAUGAGAGACCAGCCCAAGAGCGCAUUGGACCGCGCCGUGUGGUGGACGGAGUACGUGCUGCGGCACGGAGGGGCGAAGCACCUGCGCUCCCCCGCCGCCAACAUGCCCUGGACUGAGUACUAUGAGGUUGACUUCAUAUUUAAGUUAUUUUGUUUAGUCAUAACGAUCCUGUUAACAAUUGUAUUAAGCUUAUACCUUCUAUACGUUUACGCGUUUCGUAAAAAUCCCAAGAUUAAGAAUAAGAUAUCGUAA